CUAGCGCGCCAGGCCCCCGCCGGGCCCUCCGCCCGCCCCCGCGCAGCCUCGCGGACCCGCCCGGACCCCGCAGGCGGGCGAUGGAGGUCCUGGCGGCAGAGACCACGUCCCAGCAGGAGCGGCUGCACGCCAUCGCGGAGAAACGGAGGAGGCAGGCAGAGAUUGAGAGCAAACGCCGGCAGCUGGAGGAUGACCGCAGGCAGCUGCAGCACCUGAAGUCCAAGGCGCUGCGGGAACGCUGGCUGCUGGAGGGGACACCGUCCUCAGCCUCGGAGGGGGACGAGGACAUGCGGAGACAGACGCAAGAGGACGAGCGGAAGGCCCGGCUGCUGGAGGAAUCCAUCUCCAGGCUGGAGAAGGAAAUUGAGGUGCUGGAGAAUGGGGGUUCAGUCCCAGCCGCUGCCAAGGAGAACACGGCAGCCCCCAGCCCAGCCCGGGCCCCAGCCCCGGCCCCCAGCCCAGUCAAGGAGGAGCAGAAAGCAGAGGUGAUGUUGAAUUCACAGCAGACCCCGGCGGGCACGCCCAAAGAGAAGCAAGUCUCUAACACGCCUGUGAGGACGGCCGAAGGCUCCACCAUGAUGAAGGCAGCCAUGUACUCGGUUGAGAUCACUGUGGAGAAGGACAAGGUCACGGGGGAGACCAGGGUGCUGUCCAGCACCACGCUGCUCCCUCGGGAGCUGCUCCCUCAGGGCAUCAAAGUCUACGAGGACGAAACCAAAGUGGUCCAUGCCGUGGAUGGCACUGCCGAGAAUGGGAUCCACCCACUGAGCUCCUCUGAGGUGGACGAACUCAUCCACAAAGCAGACGAGGUCACACUGAGCGAGGCAGCGUCCACAGCCAUAGCUGCAGAGACCCGGGGAGUGGUGGAGGAGGCCAUCCGGACCACACCUUCCCGGCGGGAGAUCACCGGAGUGCAGGCACAGCCAGGCGAGGCCACAUCGGGCCCACCAGGCAUCCAGCCUGGCCAGGAGCCCCCAGUAACUAUGAUCUUCAUGGGCUACCAGAAUGUGGAAGAUGAGGCUGAAACCAAGAAGGUGCUGGGGCUCCAAGACACCAUCACAGCAGAGCUGGUGGUCAUUGAAGAUGCGGCUGAGCCCAAGGAGCCCGCGCCACCCAACGGCAGUGCCGCCGAGCCACCUGCCACCUCAGGCAACAAGGAGGAGAACCAGGCAGGGCCCGAGGCCACCACCAGCGACUCCCAGGACCUCGACAUGAAGAAGCAGCGUUGUAAAUGCUGCUUGAUCAUGUGAGCUGGCCCGGCCCCCCCAAGACCCCGGCCCCCAUCCUCUGCACCACAGACACCCACUGGCCCGGCCUCUCCCGGCAUCUGCCCACCUUCCACCCACAGCCUCACAGGGCCCAGGACAUGCGUGUUCCACCAUGUUCUUUCUGAGUUUUCUCUCACUGGAAAGAGGGACAGGGGUCCCCCACCUGUCACCACACCCUGAUACCCAAACCACUGAGCCGUGCACCUGGCAGGAGAGAGACAUGGACAAGCCCGCUUUUCCUGAAAUGAGGACCCCCCCCCACCCCCAUGUCACGGCAGCUUCACAGAUGCGGCUCUCACCCACCGUGGUCCUGGCUGGGGUGAUCCACGGGGCCCCAGGCCAGCCCACCACCUUGUGGGCCUUCUGCCUGUGCCUUCUGCCACCUCCAAUGAGUCUCUGAGGGGACUCUCCACCAGAGAGGGGCCCAGGGAGCCGAGGGGUCCUGGGGUCCUGGGGUCUGCUCAGGCCCUGGAAGUGGGGCUCCAUGGGGUUCCCCAGCAAAGGCACUGGCCUCCCAAUCUUGGGCACUUGGGGUGAGGCCGUGCCUCUUUCUGUUGGAGACCAGGCUCGAGGUCUUGGGCUCCUCUGGUACGCCUCAGCCUGAUGUAUACCCCACACACACACCCUCUGUGGCAGUGGAAUCUGGGGGAGGAGGGAGCCCUGGGGUCCUGCCCCCCACUCGGGAGGGGGCUGCAGCCUCUUUGCUGUCUUCUAGACAGGGCGGGCCGGUGGUCUCCAAGCUGCCCCCUGCACAAAGCAGGAACCACGUGAACCACUUCUAGUCCUGAGCUCCCGCCCACUGGGCCCUCCUUCGUCCUGGUGCUAAUUUGGGUACCCUGGGGGCUGCCCCGGCCUGUUCUCCAACCUGCUUGGACCAGGGUCCUGGAUGCCCCCCAACCAUACCCCAGCAAUCAGGCCCCACCCGCCAGCUCUUCUGGGCUGGGAGCAUUUCCGGGUGGUGGAGGGAGGAACACUGCCCAGGGCAGGGAGUUUCCCCCAGGUUGGAACAGGUGACCCCUUUUGCCACCUGGCCCAAUGGGAGCCUGCCCUCUGGCCCCCUCUCACUGGAAGUGGCGAGGGCCUCCCCUCCUGGGGGCAGCCACACUCGCCCGCAGAGGCGCAUUCGUGCACAUUCUCACGACACCCUCACGUGUUGGCUUUGGACGACCAGGCCCCAUUCUGGCCCCUUCCCCAGGGGCCUCCAGCCUGGUGCCCCUUGGCCAGGCCACUUCUGGGUACAGUCACCACCUACAGCCUCGGUGGGGUGGGUGUGGGAGCCACUUCGGAUGGGGGCCUGGGUCCCGGUCUCAGCUCUGCCCCUCAGCUGGGAGGAGAGGCCCUCUCUGGGGGUGACCUGGCAGUGGCCAGCCAUGGAAACCCUCCCCUCGAGCCUGCCCGAGUCCCUCAGCCGUGAGCCUCUGCUGAAGUGCACUUGCUGCCCCUUCUGCUUUUGAUGUGUGAUGAGGCCCCCAAUGUUCUUGACUUUCCCAGAGAAGCAAAUAAACAGCGU